CAAAUUGGUGCUGAAUAGCGAGCUCUCCACGAUUAAUCGUUAUAUGAUCCGGUAAGAUUCAUCAUACUGUAUAGGGCGCAUGAAGAAAUGAUCUUUUGUACGCCAAUAUAAGUUUACUUCCAUUCUGCAAAACUAAUGAUAAUGAGUACGCAGCUAAACCACUUUACAGCGCGUAUUUUAUCCUUUCCAUAACGUAAUACGUACGAUAAAUAUAUUUUACAUAUCGCAUCAGGUAUAUUUAUAGGAAUGCUGGAGCUUUAAUCAUGAAGUACCGCCCAAUGAACCGUUAAUAAGAACGCUUAAACCGCUAAAAAAGCUCUUAUUCCCGAUUUACUACCGGUAACAUGGUUGCUGGAUGCAACUAGGUGAAACUAAUCUUACCUGAGCAACAGAACUCGAUGUUUAAUUCACUCCGUGUUAUUUUGGUAAUUUAAUUAGUGCCUACGACUAAAAAUGUUAAAAAUGGAAGAAAAAUAGAAAAUGUGAUGCGCAAACUGAAUGAACCGAUCAGUACGCACGAAGUAAACCCGGCCUGUCAAAGCUGCUUAAAUGUAGAACAUAAAAAAUUUACUCACACGAAUUUGAAGGUUCAAAACAGAAAAGGACCAGCUCAAACAAAAAUGUGCUAAGGUUUGACUGACUGCAAUAUUGCCAGCUGUUUAAUUGUUUGUAAUUGUUAAUUUUCAUUUUGCAACGAGGUGUACCAGACCGACAAAAACAUGUGAAACUGCGAACGGUCCAGCGUCCUUUUUGAUCUUUUUUGUCUAUUGCAAGGCAAUUACGGCUAUAACUCGUAAAUCGAUAAAUUUUACCCUCCAUGUCAGAAGGUAUAGCGUACCACGUAAUUAUAAUAGGAAGCGGUCCGGCAGCGUAUUCAGCGGCGUUAUAUCUCCAGGAUUACCGUGUGCUCAUGUUGGAAGGCGGCAUUGUCGGGAAUAAUGGUCCUGGUGGCCAGCUUACCACAACAACGGUGGUUGAUAACUAUGCAGGGUAUCCGAAUGGUAUAACAGGUCCUGAAUUAAUGGCAACCAUGAAGAAGCAGGCGGAACAUGAAAAUCUUUGCACCAAGGAGGAGACAGCAACCGCACUUUCUGUGAGUAGCGAUUGUCCAAUUUUUAGGGUGAGCACGAAGAAAGGUGAUUAUUUCGCUUAUUCGAUCGUGAUCGCAACAGGUGCACAGGCAAAAAGACUGUGUGCGCCUGGAACGGCAACUUUCUGGCAGAAGGGCAUUUCUACAUGCGCUGUAUGUGAUGGUUACAUAUUUUUAGACGAGGUUGUUGCCGUGAUUGGAGGUGGUGAUUCGGCAAUGGAGGAGAGCCUUUAUCUGGCAGGAAUCGCGCGAAAGGUGUAUUUGAUACAUCGACGUGACACGUUCAGGUCAAGAAAGGACAUGCUUAUGAGGGCCGAAAGGAACAAGAAGAUAGAAAUAAUACGAUCGAGCACUUUGGUGGAGGCCAAAGGCGAUAAAUGUCUUAAGAGCAUCAUCAUAAGGAAUGUUGUUGACGGCGUGUCGAGUGAGUUGGCAGUUGAUGGCCUAUUUUUUGCGGUUGGUCAUUUACCGAACACCGAUUUCAUAGAAAAGGACUUCGUUGAAAUGGACGAGGGAUACAUCAGAACGGACUCGUUGAUGAGGACCAGCCGAACGGGUGUAUUUGCAUGCGGAGAUGUACAAGAUCGGGUGUAUAGGCAGGCUAGUACAGCAGCUGCAUCCGGAUGCAUUGCUGCCCAGUCCGUUCACGAAUACCUGAACAGCAGCAAUAUAAAAAUUUAGAAAGUAAAUUUUUUCACUAAAAACGCAUCCAUUUAUUUCCUCA